UCCGUCAUUACGCAUUGCCUCUCCACGACAGCAGCUUGUUCCGUUCCGCAGAAGCAUCCAGGAAGCCCUUUCUCAUGUGCAAAAGAAGAUAUGACGGACUGGCUACGAUGGACUGUUUUCUUCUGGGUAGUAAAUGCCAUUCCUUUUGCUUUUGGCAUGGCUGUAAAUGAGAGAACAGAUAAUCCAUGUCCACCUCUAAAACUCGAGGAGAAAUGGUAUGGCAACAUGAGUGACCAUCACCAGUUUACAGGAUUUGACAUGACAGAAAGGUUUCUCCUCCGAAAGGGAGUGGCCACAGACAACAAGCUUCUCUUCAGACUGGGCAGCAAACCGCUCAUCAAAUCCACAGAGUUGGUGUUUCCAAGAGGGCUCUCCCGUGAGUACUCCCUGGUAGCUAAGUUCCGACUACGGAAAACCACAAGGAAGGAUCGCUGGUUUCUCUGGCAGGUCCUCGAUCAAGCUGGAGACUCCCAAGUGUCCGUGGUAGUGGACGGUGCUAAAAAGGCGGUGGAGUUUUCGGCUGUGGGCGUCCUGAAAAAUGGCCUGCACUUCGCCUUUAAAAGCCAGGAAGUGCACUCCCUGUUCGACCGGCAGUGGCACACGUUCGGCCUGGCUGUGCGCAGCAACACCGUGGCCUUGUACGUGGACUGCAGGUUGAUCGAGAGGCGUCUGAUCGAGGAGAGGGACAUCGUGGACAUGAGAGGAUGCACCCUCAUCGCCACCAGGGCGGAGGAUGGCCGGCCUGUGGACAUUGAACUUCAGGAGAUCCUGGUCUUCUGUGACCCCAGCGCGGCAGAAGAGGACCAGUGCUGUAGUACGACGGGAGCCAACUGCGAGCACAGGGGAAGCCACAGUCCCACUGCUGACCCUCUGGUCACGGGCUACCUCCACAAGAUGCUCUCCCAGCCAGCCCCACGGCCCACCGAGGACUGCCAGUGCCCGGCAGUAAAGGGGGAACCAGGCCUUCCAGGUGUGGCAGGGCUACCCGGACUGAGAGGGGAUAAAGGAGAAAAGGGGGAUGCCGGACAGGAUGGGCUACCUGGUUUUCCCGGCGAGAAGGGCGGCACGGGUCCUCCUGGCUCACCCGGCUCAGACGGACAGUCGGGGAACAAGGGUGAGCCCGGGCUGUCCAGAGAGCGCGGCGCCGACGGCCCAAAGGGUGAAAAAGGACCCGCAGGGGAGACUGGUCCCAUGGGAACACCUGGAUUGGUUGGCUUGAAAGGGGACCCCGGACUCGAGGGUUCGCCCGGACCCAAAGGUGAUAAGGGCGAUACGGGUCUCCCGGGGCAACCAGGGCUUACUACUAUAAGAGAAGGCCAAAGCGGAGUUCGGGGACCCCCAGGAAUCGCUGGAGAAAAGGGAGACACUGGAAUGCCUGGACAGCCCGGAGCCCCAGGAAAAGAAGGCCGGAGGGGCCGACGGGGACACCCAGGGGUGCCUGGACCACCCGGACCACCGGGACCUCCUGGGUCACCCAAAGGUGGAGGCACCAAGGGGGAUAAAGUGGACCCAGGUGUGACUGGAGUGUUCAGACAAAAAGGAGAAAAAGGCGAUGCUGGUGAAGCCGGCCCCCCCGGACUUCCAGGUCCCGGUGAAGCAGGAGAGAAGGGCAGUAAAGGAGAAACAGGAGACCAGGGUGAAAAGGGGCUCCAAGGUCCUCCAGGCGUCCAGGGAAGUAUUGGAUUGCCAGGGCCAGCAGGAGAUCCGGGUCCACAGGGCGAAGAGGGGCCAUCGGGCACGGCCGGACCCCGCGGGCUCCCUGGAGGCAAGGGUCCGCCAGGGGAGCCCGGAGCAGCAGGUGCGCAGGGGCCCAAAGGAGAGAAGGUAGAGUCCGACCUCUGGACGCAGCCCAGCCCGGCAGGAGACCGCCUGCACGUCCCCCGCACUCAUGCACGCUUUGCUCCAAACUCUCCGCACGAUUUCUGGGACCCUCAAAGAAAAGUUACCUUAGUAGCUGGGAAGAAGCCGAGUCAUUUCGAGCUGGCGAAGCUGGAGAUCACGAAGCCCGACCCGUUUAGUCGGACCUCGCUCGUGCAGCCCCGCCCUCCCGAUGACAUCAUCCAGGGUGAUGCAGGUGGCUCCCCAGGGCCACAGGGGCCACCGGGCCCCAAGGGUGAGGCUGGAGAGCCCGGACCAGGACCGCUUGGUCACAUGGGGGACGGCACAGUGCUGCCAAGAGGAUCGCGCGGGGCAAAGGGGGAGAGGGGUGUCCCAGGGUUGCCAGGGGAACCAGGAGAAAAAGGAGACCAGGGCAUGGGACUCACCGGUCCCCCUGGCAUCAUGGGACCCAAGGGUGAGCCAGGAAUCGAGGGUCCGCAUGGACUCCCGGGUUUACCAGGCCCUCCGGGAAUCCCAGGAAGCCCGGGGUCUCCAGGUCGUGAAGGCAGGCCAGGACCUCCGGGACCCCCCGGGGAACGGACUGCCCUGCCAAUCGUGGGAGACAUGGGCACGCUGCUGAAGAAUGCCUGCAGUUUGUGCCAGAAACAAGUGCCAGGGUUGCCAGGGCAAAAAGGAGAUAAGGGUUCUCUUGGAGUUCCUGGAGUGGAGGGCAGGCAGGGAGAGAAGGGUGAUCAGGGAAUGAGAGGUCCAGUCGGUAAUCCAGGGAAAGAAGGCCCUAAGGGUGUGAAGGGAGAGAGAGGUUUCCCGGGCCCGGUCGGAGACAAAGGCGAUGAGGGUGUCCCUGGAGCGCCAGGUUUCCCGGGAGCCGUCGGUCGGCCCGGAUCUCCCGGCCCCAUGGGAAGACCCGGAUCCCCUGGGCCAGCAGGAGCGAAGGGAGAACGGGGCAGUGAAGGACCGCCAGGUAUACCUGGACUUCCAGGACCUCCGGGCGUGCCCUCUGUGGAAGGUAAUGGGAUGAGCAGUAUCUACAAGCUUCAGAGUGGAGGAGCUGGCAUAGGAAUCCCAGGACCGCCAGGACCUCCGGGGCCCAAAGGGGAUGAAGGCAGGAUGGGCGACGCGGGGCCGAUGGGACUGCCAGGCCUCGAGGGGCUGCCCGGCGCCAAGGGAGAACUAGGUAUGCCUGGUCUAGCAGGAGCACAGGGACCUGCUGGAAGGCCUGGCGCUCGCGGGGAGACGGGGACGCCCGGAGAGCCGGGACAGCGAGGGCCCGUGGGAGAGACCGGCUUCCCCGGACCCGAAGGCCCGCCGGGCACACCUGGAAGACCUGGAAAAGAUGGAAUUCCUGGAUAUGAGGGGGCCACCGGCAGGCCAGGCGACAGGGGUGCCAAAGGAGAGCGGGGGGAUCCGGGAAUUCCUGGCGAGCGAGGCGUUCAGGGAGAGAGGGGACGACCCGGAGAAACGGGCCCUUCUGGAGCCCAGGGACCACCCGGAGACAAGGGCGAGCCAGGCCUGCCUGGUUUGCUGGGGACGUUUAAUCCACUGAGCGACGCAGGCGUCAUGGAGGAAAUAAGAAAGCUCAUCCGAAACGAAGUGGCCCGUGUGUUCGAAGAGAGAUUGUCAAGUUCCGCCGCGCUGCAGAAGACGCCGGCGGCCAUUUUGGCCGCGCACGGCCGAGAGGGUCCCCCGGGGCCCCCUGGGAAUGACGGCUCCCCGGGACCCCCUGGAGAGCCAGGCCCCCCGGGCCCUCGAGGUAGGAGCCAAAGGUUAUCGGACUGAAGACGUGUAGUGAUGCCUGCUUCCCUGCCAGCUAUCGCAAGAGCCUUUACCCGGAACUCUUUCAUGUGUCCUCGCGGAAGUCUAGUGCAGCUCCUAAUAGCUGAGAUCAUAUCUAAUGUGUGUGUGUGUGU